UGACCCACAUAAGGAGCUUUAUAGGAGAAUUAUCUUUAAAAUAUGUUGCAUUGCAAUUCGUUUUCUGCUCCCUACAGAGUAGUAAACUGCAUAUUUGCCCAUUCUAUACACCUCCAUUGCAUUUAGCGAAUAUACAGCAUUAAAACUUUAUUUAUUUACUUUAUUGCGGUUAAGCAGUUUUAUUAUAAUUAUUUAUUUUUAUGUUGUCAUAUUAACUCGGGCUUUACGUUUGUUGAACACAAAUGGAGUUACUUUGAUGUUUGUCGAAACAAGUCAGGCUUCAUUCGUCAAAUCUCCCCAUCAAUUAUCUAGUAAACGAAUAAAAGCAGGUUAAUUUUAAUAAUAAUUAUUUCUACAUCCAUAGUAUUCAAGAGCAAAAACAUGCUUUCCUAUUGGAGGGCGUUAAGUCGCUUUGCUUGUGUAGGGAGGAGUGGAGACUUCACUUUCCUUUCUGUUAUCACUAAGUAUCCAAAAGUUGUCCUGGGGUUCAGGGAUACAGUAUGGAGAAUACAGGCCAUGCUGAGGGAGCGUUGUCUGCUUUGCCAUGGGUGCAUGUGAAUGUCGGGGGUUCCAAGUUGUUGGCCAAAGCCUGGUUUGGUGACGCAGAAUAUCGAUUGCUGCUGAGUGACCUGAGCAGCGUUUGGGAGGAAGAGAUGAGCAGAAACGACAUCAAAAGUCGUGCUCAGGUUCUAAAUAAACGUCUAAGGGCUCCAGUACAUGCAUUUUUUGCUCACCUGCGCUCAGUGGCUUGGCCUUGUUUCUCCAGACAAUCUUCUGAACAGAACACAUCUGUACAGUUCCAUCUCGUGCAUCACGAGGGCCAUCUAACAGUGAAACUCAAGAGUGAUAUGGGAGAUGUACCAUUCUAUUGGGAGUUCCACUGCAGCCCUGCCUCAGUAUCAUUGGUUUCCAGAGAGCUAGUGAGUCCCUUGUUGUCUAUGACUCAAGUGCUGCAUAGGCAUGUUGGAGAACUAACUGCUUUGUUGCUCAAGAAAGACGCUGAGAUACAAGACUACAAAGAGAAUGGAGCAGUGCUUAGUAGAGGUAGGCUUCAGACUGAGCCAUUUGAUGAAGAGAUGUACAGAAAGAACUUCAACCAGAGACUUCCAAAGAUGUUGCAGGACAGUCUGGAAUUUGAUUCUGAGCUGCAAGAGCUGUAUGUGUCUAUAUGUGAUGCGAGAAAUACCCGGAAACGCAAGCAAUCUCCCGAAUACAGCUCUGCUUCAGUAGACACCUUUAUCCCUGACCAGGACCAGACCAGCUGUGUGCCAACAGAUAUGAGGCCUGCCUCUUUUCGGUUUGAUGCUAAUCGUAUAAUGCAGCAAGCAGAAGACACACAGUCUGCUAACACCAAAGAGACUGUCAGAUGCCCAUUACCCAUUGCUGCUGCUUCUGCUGUUCCUGUAGUCACAUCUGCUGGCAGAUCAGAUAUGCCAAAGAAGAUGAAAGCAACUGGGCUCUUCCAGUGACAUUAUGGUCCAAUAGUUGAUUGUGUAAAUGUUGAUUGACAGGGGAGAAAAUGUUAAUAAACACGAGUUCUAGAAAUGACCAAAUUUUAACAUUUUCUGAAAUUCUUUUUACAUUUUUUGUUAUUUAUUUGAAUAAAAUUGUUGUGCAUCAUC